AUGAUGAAUAUAAUUUUGAAGCUGUGAUUGAAAAUAAAUAUCAGAAAACCGAAAAUUAUUAGAUCAGAUUUUCAAAGCUUAAUUGCUGCAGCAUGUAGUCUUGGGAUUACAAAGAAGCUGCCAAUUAAGCACUAUUUAAUUUUAGAUUAUCUGACUGAUAAUAGAAUAGCUCAGAAAUUUGACUUUUUUUUCCAUACUGAAGGGAGAAGCAGGGUAGCAAUAAUCCAUGAAUAUAAAGAAAUCAAUAACGAAAAUUAA